CGUCGUUGUGUUGUUCGUCGUGUGGUUCGAUUCGUCGCGCAGUUCGGUUAGGGCCACUCUAGUUCAAAAAGGCUGACAGUCCUCAUGCAUUUUCACAGUAUAAAGAAGAAGGUUCAGCAGGACUCAGACGCACGCGCAAGUUGACUUCGCGACAGCUACGAUUGAGUUGAGCGCUGUCUCAGCGACACACGCGAUCUGCAAGAAUGUCAGAGAAGCGGAAGUCUCGGUACGAGACGCUGCCGUACCGAUGUCUUUCGUGGCUUUGCUCCAAGAUGGACAUCCUCUCUCCACAAAACGAUGCCAUGAAUGAAUUAGCUAGUGCUCUAGCAACGCUUGUGGAGUGGUCUAUUGGAAGCUGGCAAAAGUUGAAGCACUUCAGAAUGCCAUCAACGUCGACUGAGUUGGCCUCCACGAGGGCCCCAUCGGUCGACUUCGGCAAUGUGAGCCGACUGCGCUCGCCCGUACCUAGAAGAGAAGGAGUCAUGCUAAGGUGCUACAGGAGCAACUCCAGUGUAAGAGGGAGCAGCCUGCGGCCCCUGGGGCAAUGCGGGUCGCGCGCGAGUACCGACACGGCCAGCCGCCAGUGCAGCCCCAUCCCCGAGAGCAUGGAGAGCGACAUCUCGCUCCUCAAGGAGGAAGUGGCAUCCCUCAGGAAGCAGUUCGAGGAGCUGGUCACCUCACAGAAAGACGCUGAGAUGCGCAGCAGCUACUCAGUAGCUUCUGCUCCCAGCGGAGCUGCUCCACCAGCACCGUCUCUGCCACCUCCUCCACCUCCACCACCACCGCCUCCAAACUUCUUUGCACCUGCCCAAGUGGUUAUCCGCAAGCAGCGCCCCCGGGACCCAACGAGAACGCAGGUUGAAAAAUCUCACGAGGCGAUGCUUGCAGAAGUCCUCAAGGGCCUCGGCACGGUCAAACUGAAGAAGGUCGAAAAGUCACCGAGUGGCACCCCUUUGCGGAAGAGCGGAGAACCGGACUCCUCUACAACUACGGAUCCGGCUGGCAUGCUGGCUAACGCGCUCAAGAAGCGCUUUGUGCACAUCCACCCUCCAGACAGCUCUGACGACUCUGGUGCGGAGGCAUGGAGUCCCUCCUCACCAGACGUACAGGUCAAGUGCAGGGCAAACGCAAGCAGGCGGCUUUCCGGCCGUCGUAAUCUGGAGAUGUCCAGCGUGUUGUCGCCAAUGCAAGAAGUGGGCGCGUGAAACCAACUGGGCCUUCAGGCUACGAGGCUGCACGUGGAUAGUUUCGACUGUGCUCCCAGCCACUGUCUCGGCACGCGUCCUCUUGCGUGUCAUAAGCACCGACCACAGACCGACUGUGCACAAGCCACAGUCGUCGGACGGAAUGCGACUCGGUUUGCGCCAUUAUUGUACAGCAAGAUACGCAACAUUUGUGCAGUUUUUCAGCAAUGGGACUGCAGAAUUUUAUAAUGAUGUUUGUGAUCCUAUACAUGCAUGGAGAGUGCUCAUUUUGUUGUGUGAAAUUAAAGUACUGCAGAAAAGCAAUGCUUUUUAAAGCAUGUAUUGUUCACAAGUGUACAUACUAAGUCUGCCAGAUCGUGAAAGAUUUUAGUACAUACUUUUAAUACUUUGUCUUUAUCUGUUAAUGUUUCUUAUGAAAAUGUACAUACUACUGAUUGGGGUUGUUUUGAUCAUAGUGCUAGCAAUUUUAAGUAUUUGUGUUUUAGUCUUUUGACUGUUCAUUUCAAGCUUUUGUGCACGGAUGUGCAUUAUUGGCUUCAGUGAUUCUUCCCACUGAAACGCAAUAAAAUUCAUCCUAAAUCCA